AUGGAACCAGAGCCGACCAUUAGCGCUCUCCUCGAGGCUAUCACAGCCCUCACAGCCACCGUUGGGUCCUUACAGGACCAAAUCCGCUCCCAAGGCCAACAGCUCAGCGAGCUCAAAGCCAUAUGCAAAGAGACCGCGGACCUUCUCGGUGACAAGGACCAAGGGGGAGCCACCCAAACCCAAGCACAGCCUGGCCCAUCGACUGGGCCUAUUACCCCUCCUUCUCAUACAGGAGGACAAGCCGACACUCCAAGAACGGCUAGGCCUGGGCUCAGGGACCCUUUCCGCCCCACCAGAGGCACCACUGGGUACGACUCCGAGGAAGAACAGCCAAGGAGGAUCAAGGAGGAACCUUGCGGAGCGCUUAGGGAUCUAAGGACCCUCACCCCCUUCAGUUUGGGCUUGGACACCAAACGUCCCAAAAUGGAGCUACCAGAUCCAUUCAAAGGGGAGAUUCGAGGGCGAAAGGCGGUUCAAUGGCUAGACCGCAUGCUGUUAUGGGGGGCCCUUCACAGGGACCAAUUUGAAGAGGACAAACAGUUGAUUGUCUGGAUCCUCUAUCACAUGGAGGAUAAAGCCGCUGAUUGGGCACUCCCUAUUAUUGGGAAUAUCCUCAAGGGGGAAACCAAUGCCCCCACGACCAUCCCUGCCUUGUCAACCAAGUUCAAGGAAGCCUUUGCGGAUCCAGACGCCAAAAGGGCCGCCGCCAGGAAAAUCGCGGCACUCUCCCAAACCACUACCACCUCCGAGUACGUCACGGAGUUCCGCAAUCUCAUGGCGGAAUUAGACUGGAACGAGGAAGCCUACAUUGCGCAGUUCACACGAGGCCUCCACUGGAAGGUGAAGGAAUUGCUAUCGACCAAAGAUAGCGUUCCUGACGAACUCAAGGCAAUUUUUGCGGCUUCUAUAAAAAUUGACAACAUUCGCCGCGAAAACAAGGAGAACCGCCCAAAGAAGGCACCUGCCAAGUCCCCGGCUACCGUAGCCACCACUUCCACCACCACUCAACGGGUCCGACUGUCAGAGGACCCCAAUUACGUAACACCGGAAGAAAGGGAUUGCCGCCGCACGUCUGGCCUCUGCGUCAAGUGCGGUCAAAAGGGACAUGGUAUCAAACAGUGCCCCAAUGGCUGGAAGGCCACAUUCAAAGAGGUGGCUAAGCCCCCGACUCAGAAAAAGGACAUUGUAGAUACUUGCGUAGAAUUUGUUUCUGUUGGACUCGACUCUAAUAAAAAACCGCUAUUAUUUAUCAAUCUACACGUCCAAAAUUCCCAGGCAGAACCCAUUAAAACCCUUAUAGAUUCCGGCGCUACCUCCAACUUCAUAUCCCCGAGCUUAGUAGAAAAACUCAAAAUCCCAAAAACCCAACUCGAAAAUCCACGAGUUGUGAGAAUGUUAGAUGGUACAAUCUCCCAGACUGGUCGCAUAUGGCACCAGGUUCAUCUCACGGUUUCGGCCAAUGGCCACACCCACUCCAUCCCAUUUCUUGUUUGCCCCAUUGGCAAUACCCCGGCAAUCCUAGGCAUGACUUGGUUAACGGCAGAAGCUCCUCUCAUCGAUUGGCAACAGGGACUAGUCACAUUCCCUGAACAAAUUCAGAUUGCCUCAGAAGAGGAAGCAGACUCAAACCCUUUAGCGGAUCUUCCCCCACAGUACCACGAGUUUGCUAAAGUCUUUGGUGAAGAAGAGUUCAAGGUCCUCCCGCCACAUAGGGAGUAUGACAUAUCUAUUGACCUCGUUUCGGACGCCAAACUGUCUCCAGGACCAAUAUACGGCAUGACUGACGCGGAAUCCAAGGCACUGAAGCAACACAUAGACGAAGAAUUGGCAACAGGAAAAAUCCGUCCUAGUACCUCUUCUGCCGGCGCCCCCGUCAUGUUUGUCAAGAAGGCGGACGGAUCUCUUAGAUUGGUAGUUGAUUACAGGAAGUUGAACGAGGUCACCCAUAAGAAUGUAUAUCCUUUACCAAGACAGGACGACCUCAUGGCCAAACUCAGGCAUGCCAAGAUCUUCACUAAAUUGGAUUUACGCUGGGGCUACAAUAACGUCAGGAUCAAAGAAGGAGAUGAGUGGAAGACAGCGUUCAGGACCAAAUACGGGUUAUUCAAAUAUCUGGUAAUGCCGUUUGGCCUUACCAAUGCCCCCGCUGCCUUCCAGCAUUUCAUGAAUGACCUAUUCAGGGAUCUCAUUGACGUCACAGUGGUUAUAUACUUGGAUGAUAUCUUGAUCUUUUCGGAAAAACCUGAGGAACACCCAUCCCAUGUCAGGGAAGUACUAUCCCGGUUACUAAAGAAUCAGCUAUUCUGUAAACUAUCGAAGUGCCACUUCCAUGUCACUACAGUAGAUUACCUUGGCAUUGUUAUCUCCCCAGCCGGUUUUUCCAUGGACCAGAAGAAGAUUGAAGCCGUCACCACAUGGCCCACACCUAAAACAGUCAAGCAGGUCCAGGCCUUCUUGGGUUUUGUCAAUUAUCUCCGCCGGUUCAUUCCUAAUUUUAGCUCCAUUGCGCGCCCUCUACAUAACCUCACCAAAAAGGAGACCCCUUGGUCAUGGGGUAACCUAGAGGAAACGGCCUUCCAGGAACUGAAAACCCUUGUCACCCGGGCACCCGUCCUAAUCCACUCCAACCCUAACCUCCCCUACUACCUAGAAACGGAUGCAUCAGGCGUAGCCAUGGGAGCUAUCUUAAGUCAACAAGGAGAGGAUAACCGCCUUCACCCAGUUGCAUAUAUGUCCAAGUCCUUCUCCGGAGCAGAAGCCAACUAUGACACCCACGAUAAGGAACUUUUGGCAAUCAUCAAGGCACUGGAGGAAUGGCGGAUAUUCUUGGAAGCAACGGAAAAACCAAUCCAGGUCUUUACAGAUCACAGAAACCUGGAAUACUGGAUGCAUGCUAGGACCUUCAACAGGAGACACGCGCGCUGGCGGAUUUUCCUGAGCAAUUUCCAUUUCGAGAUACACUACCGCCCAGGGAAGCAAUCAGGAAAACCGGACGCACUGUCAAGAAGAUCAGACUAUGUUGACCAACCUCCAGAACCAGAAGUCAUGCUACCAGCAGAAGUCUUUGCCAAUACGUCAGAAGAGGAGCUGGAAAUUGUCACGGAAAUACGCUCCAAGCUAAGGGAAGACCCAUCCCUUGAGCCUAUCAUCCAGUUCCUAACUGAAGACGCGGAUAAUGCUCCUCCCUCCAUUCGGAAAGCUUACAGAGAUUACAACUGGGAGGAAGAUCUACUUUGGUAUCAAGGGAAACUUGUGGUCCCAGACUCAGAGGCCCUGAAGGAACGAUUACUCAGGGAAUUUCAUGACUCCCCACUAGCGGGCCAUCCGGGUCAACAGAGAACCCUUGAACUCCUAAGUCGUAACUACUGGUGGCCAGGGAUGAAAUCAACAGCCAAGGAAUGGGUAGAAUGUUGUCCUAUCUGCCAAGCCAACCGACGCGCCCAUGCUCCUGUCAUUGCCCUUAAACCCCUAGAAGUCCCCCCUUAUCCGUUCCACACCAUCUCUUAUGACUUCAUUACAGGGUUCCCCAAGUCCCAAGGUCACGACGCUAUACUGGUGGUAAUAGACUCCUUUUCCAAAUUUGGCCACUUCAUCCCCACUUCCAAGAAGGUCACAGCUAGGGGUCUGGCAGAUCUAUUCAUUACCCACGUCUGGAAACUCCAUGGGCUACCUGUCAAAACAGUCUCGGAUAGAGGAACUACCUUCACAGGGAAAUUCCUAAGGGCACUUUACCAGCGACUCGGAGUAAAACCAGCAUUCUCCUUGGCUUAUCACCCAGAGUCAGAUGGGCAAACGGAAAGAGUCAACCAGUUCAUCGAGUUUUACCUACGCUCCUACGUAGCAGCCAAUCAUUCCGAUUGGGCAGCUUGGCUACCAUUGGCAGAAUAUGCGUACAAUAAUGCCAAACACGCAGCAACGGGAAAAACACCCUUUGAACUGGUCUACGGACAAAACCCAGUGAUGAACCCUUCCAAUGUCCCAGCCAACGUACCAGAGGCAGACAAUGUAGCAGACACACUAGCCCGGGAAUGGAAGGAAGCUGAGUCAGCCCUCAGACUAAGCAAAGAACGGAUGACCAGGAACCAAGGAACAAUACCGGAGUACUCGAUAGGAGAAAAAGUCUGGCUGGAUGGAAAGAACGUAGAACUCAGGACCAAUUCAAACAAGUUGGACCCCAAACGUCUUGGUCCCUUCAAGAUCCUUGAGAAAAUCUCCAGCCACGCCUACCGCCUAGAACUCCCAGAAACUCUAAAAAUCCAUGACGUCUUCAAUGUUGGGUUGCUAUCAAAGAGCCACGAGUCACCUAGUCAACCAUUUCCGGAACAACCUCCCCCUGAAACAAUAGAAGGGGAGGAGGAGUAUGAAGUUGAGCAGAUCAUCGACUCAAAGCGUCAACAGGGAAAGUGGUUCUACCUGAUAAAGUGGAAAGGUUACGGUCCAGAAGAUAACUCCUGGGAACCCAAGGAACUCCUAGAGCAUAGUCAAGAGGAGAUCCAACGCUUCAACAAGUCGCAACUGAAAAAGGCUUGUGACUCCGCCAAGAGCCUUUAA